AUGAGCCCCAAGGCCAAGGCCAAAGAGGUUAUCCGCCCGUCCCGGGGUGUCUCGCUUUGGUUCGCUCUUGCAGCAGCGUUCGCAGCCAUCGGCGUGGUCUUCGCUGCAGUCUGGCCGGGUCUCGGCCCUCAUGUCUUCGACACUUUAGAAUGGGCAUCCAACAACCUCGGUUUUGGUCCGAACCCAGAAGCGCUUGCGACGAGUACCUGCCACCGGCUAAAGGCAAAGUUCGGUCCCCUCAUCUCCCUGCCGUCGGAUACGACCUACACGGCCCUGACCGAAGACAACUGGUCGCAGUCCUGCUGGCUGCCAGCCGCGUGUGUGGCAGAGCCCGUCCGCGCCGCAGACGUGCAAAAGCUCGUCUCGGCACUUGUCGCUGCCAAGGUCCCGUUUGCCAUCCGAUCCGGGGGCCACUCACCGAGUCCCCGCGAUGCAUCGAUCGGCCGGACCGGCGUGCUGAUCGCCUUGGACAAGCUGAACCAGGUCACGUACGAUCCGUCGACAACGCAGGUCACCCUCGGCGUCGGCGCCGAAUGGGGUGCCGUCUAUACGGUACUUGACACCCACAAUGUCAGUAUGGUCGGUGGCCGUGUUAUGCCUGUCGGCGUCGGCGGACUGACGCUGGGCGGCGGCUUGUCCUACCUAUCGGACCUACACGGCUUAGUUUGUGAUAAUGUCGCCAGUUUUGAGGUGGUUCUGGCUGAUGGCAGGCUCGUGGAAGCGAGUCGGACUUCGCAUUCCGAUCUGUUUUGGGCGCUCAAGGGGGGUUCCAACAAUUUCGGGAUUGUCACAUCGUACCGGGCCGCCACCUACCCCAUCAAGGACUGCUGGGGCGGCAUGCUGGUCUUUGGACCCGAUCAGCUUCCCGACGUGCUGCAAGCCUACAACGAGUACCAGCACACCGCGGACAAGGAUCUGCAUGCCAACCUGGUGCUCAACGUCGCUGUGACCAAUGCAUCAGUGCUCCUGACGCUAGUCUACCUGCAGCCCGUUGAACGCCCCCCGGCAUAUGCCCCCUUCUACAAGCUGACCCCCGCCGCCGACCUUACGGGCUUCUACACGCUGCAUGAGAUUAUGGGCAUGUUCCCGCUGCCGAACGUCCAACGCAAGAUGUGGUACACCAGUUCCUUCGAGCCCAGCCCGUUCAUGUUCACGGGUCUCGUCGACAUCUUCAAGACCGCCCCUGAGGUAUCUCGGCUUGCCGAGCUCACGGCGGGAACCAUGGUGCUCACUCUGCAGCCGAUCCACCCCAACGUUGUCCGGCAAGGGAAAGCCAAAGGCGGCAACGCGCUGGGUCUGGAGGCGCGUACGCAAACAUGGUUCGGCCUCAACUACGGAUGGUGGAAUGCCGAGGACGACGCCACAGCCCUGCGUCUGGUGCCGGCCCUCCAUCGGCGCGUACAAGACCUGGCGAAGCGCGAGCACGUCUGGUUGGACUACAUCUUCAUGAAUGACGCCUUCCACCGGCCAGCCGUACCCAAGGCCGGCAAUCCAAGUCCGGCACCCCGUCCCCGGCAGUCCAUGCAUCGCAUAAGUUCCCGCUCCCGCACAGACUUCAGCCCUAUUUUCCCGUCCAGUCCAGCAUCUGCAAUGGAGAAGAUGGGCACUACCACGGCCCGGCCUCGGCGCUUGCAUCGUCCCAAGCCCGAACCGGAAGAGCCGGCUCACGCCGAGGCCCCCUCCGUCUCUCCAACGCGGCCGGCGCGGGCAUCACACUCCUCGGCUUCCCCGACCCCGCCGGCACCCUCCGCUACGCGCUCCCCAACAUCCUCGCGACCGCCUACUACCCCUACGCCAAGCGCCACACCAACCUUCCCACAGCUGGUCCUCGGCUUCUGCCUCGCCUGGGGCGUGGUUCAUGGGCGCGGUGGCCGUGGGCUGCGAGCCGUUUCGCGCUGGGCGACCUCAUUCGCUCUGCAACCCGGGCCACACCCCUCCCGCACGUCUUCUCCGCCACACCUUCCCCAGGAACCCCUUUCCCAACUCCCCCUCCCCUUCACACUCCCCCUCACGCUCCCAACCCCGACCCCAAGCCUAACACUAACCCUCUCCCUCCCCUUCCUCACCCUCCUCACCGCCUCCGCCCUCUGGUCCGCCAUCUACGACACCAUCUACGCCGCCGAAGACAUCGACGCCGACCUCCGCCUGGGGGCUGGGCAGCAUUGCCGUGCUGUGCGGCCUGCGCCACACCAAGACGGCGCUGUGGGGAUUGCUGGGCUUGUUGGGCGGGUGUUUGGUGAUGUGUGGGAUGGCGUUGCCACCGAGUCUGAAUUUGGGGGGUGGGGGUGGUGA